CUCAUACCGAAGAAAGUGUGGUCACUUGACUUCAAACUUAAAGUUCAGAUCAGAAGCCCGCGAUCACGAUGCAUCAUGGUGGCGACGUUCAAUAGCCGGCGUAUACCGUGUUAUUACGACGGCCCUGCCUCUUGUUGGCCUGGGACAAGUCGAAGCAGGGCUCUCAAGCUGGCGCUUUCCACCAGCAUUGUCUCAGCUCCUCGUCCUUGAACACCCAUUUGUGCUUAGAGUGCCCAAUGGACCAACCGCAAUCACUGGUCACACCGUCAAUCCCUUCAGGACACCUGCGAGCUGCAGAUCUGCCAUCUAGAUGAGGGUACAUGACGUCUCAACUAGAUGAUGGCGGCAUUACAGCGCCGCUGGACAUACCGCGAGUGUGGCGGCAUGUCAAGCAGCAUCUGCCGUGGCUGUUGUUCCUUGUCUUUGCGGUGGUGGUCCUGGCGGACAAGGGGUCCUCUCGUCUAAGAAAGUCUGACACACACAGCUGGAAGGCCAGCCAUGUCGACACGCGCCAGCUGGUGCAGCGAGUGCUGAGCAACCUGCAGCUGCCGGACACGGGCGCUCCCUCUGAAGAGGUGGGCGUGCCUCAGCCCAGCGAUGGGGUGAAACAGUACUGGCCAUACCGGCCCCAGGACCGCACCGACUCGUGGGCCCCCUACAACUACGCACUGGCGCUCAAGCGGGGCUGGGCUGGUGACGACAUCCUGCAAUGCCUGCACAAGCUGGGGCCGCACCGUCGGGUCACGCUCGCGGGAGACUCCAUCAUGCGCGCGGCAUUCCGCCAGGCCCUGUCGGAGCGCCUCGGCGUGGACUGGCCGGACAUGCCCGCCUAUUGGCCGCUGCAGCAGCACGACGCGCGCUGGAACGUGACUGACCCCACAGGGACCGCUGCCACAGUGACCCUGAGCUUCCGCUUCCUGUGCAAUGCGCACCCUCAUGCGGAGGUGGCGCUGCAAGACGCGCUCGACUCCGACGUGCUGGUGCUCAACUCGGGGCUGUGGGACCUCAGCAUCCCGGGCGGCUCGGACGUGAGCUUUGUGCGGGACUACAUGUACGGCCUGGCGCACCUGGUGGCCUGGCUGCACGCCAACUUCCGCGGGCGCGUCAUCUGGCGGCUCAACCCGUCCGUCUUCUACCAGAUUCUGGACGAGAACCGCAAGCAGUUCUUCCAGGACUCCAAGAUCAGGUUCGUUAACGUAUUUGCGGCGCGGCUGAUGCGCUCCGCCGGCUACGAGGUGCUGGACGCGUUCUCGAUGUCGUCCGGGGACCCCGCCCUGCAGGGCCGCGAGGACGGGUACCACAUCGGCCAUGCGCUCACCGACACCCUCAUCGACCUCACCCUCAACCAGGUGUGCGACCCCCACGGGGCCGACUUUGGCCCAGACACGGCGUGCGAGAUCAUCGACGCCAUCAAUGCGGACGGGCAGCACAACGCGCCACGCUGGAAUGGGUGGGGCCUCGACAUGAGCGUCACGGAGGACCAGCCGCAGCGGCAGAACCUCACGCGGGGCCAUGGGUGCGCACCACCACGGACGGGAACAUAAAGCAACGGACCGGCAGGGACUUGGCGCCAUGCUCUUUCUCGAAAAAUCACGACGCUGCUUGACUUCGUGUUACCAGUCUGACAGAACCGGGUUCACGAACUACCUUAGCUUGGAAUUGUUUCCAUUCGGAAUGUCCUAUAAAGGAGCAUCGUCCUUCAUUACCAAGCCUUGCCGUCGUUACGAUAGACAGCUGCUACUGCACAUUGAGGAUUUAGCGUUUUCAUGCCACUAACGUAAGCACGCAGUUUUCGUGCUAGACUGCUCUGGUUUGAACCAAAAUCUAGCAACGCUGCAUCUGCUAGGCGUAUCGGGUUUUGGUUUCAGGAUUGUAGACGUUGCUCGCGAGAUGUUGGUAAAAUCAACUGACAGGUUGACCCAUCGACUAACUCGUAACCGGGAGGUUGAGAGUUCAGAUACAGCUGUACGAUAAAGACGAAAUACAACACUCGGCUUGAUCAAUUCAGUGAGUUCAUUGCAGCCGGCCAGGCUAUAACAUAGUAUAAUUGCUGGUAACCCACAGAAGUGCCACCUGGUGCAGACUCUGAGAUUUUGCCAUACAUACAAUACUGCACAGCUUCGCAUAUUAAGAGUGUUCAAUUUCGUUGUGCUUUUGUUGUGCUCCAGCCCGCACAUUCA